AUGCAGCUUCCCCAGGGUCUUCCGACAGUCGGCGGCGGCACCGAGUCGUUCUGGCGCACCAACCUCCACGAGCUCGACGAUUAUCGUUCGACAGAGCAACUACCUGAACAAUCCGACAUUGUUAUCAUCGGAGCUGGUUACGCUGGUGUCGCGACAGCUUAUCAUCUCCUCGAGGCCGGCAGCAAGGCAUCGAUUACCCUUCUCGAGGCGCGUGCAGCAUGCUCGGGCGCGACAGGCCGCAACGGAGGUCACCUCCGUCCAGAUCUCUACGGCCACAUCCCGACACACAUCGACCGUCAAGGACUGAAAGCUGGCGUUGAGAUUGCCGAGUUCGAAGCUGCUCAUGUCACGGCCAUCAAAAAAGUCGUCGCAAAGGAGAAGAUCGAUUGCGACUUGGUCAUAACAAGGUCAAGCGAUGUCUGGUGCAACCAAGAUGCCGCCGAAAGAGCCAAAGCCAGUUAUGACAGAAUGGUCGCCUACGGAUGCAAGCACAUGGACGAUGUUCACUUCACUAUGGGGAAGGAUGCUGAGGGUCACGCCAAAGCAUGCGCCACCUACACCGCAGGCACCAUAUGGCCAUACAAGUUCAUCAUGACCCUACUCGGCAUCUUACGAGACCGCGGCGUCAACAUUCAAACACACACUCCAGUCAACUCCAUCUCUGCUUCGACUGAGGGUCGAUGGACAGUCUCCACGGACCGCGGCGACAUCAAGACCCAGAAAGUCGUCCACGCUACCAACGCAUACACUAAAGCCUUGUUGCCAGAGUACGAGAAGAACAUCAUACCCUGCAAAGGCAUCUGCUGCCACAUCGCUGUCCCCGAAGGAGACGUCGCUCCGUUGGUUGGCAAUUCAUACAUCAUCCGCGAGCAAGGCGACCCUAGCGUCCUCAGCUACCUAAUCCCUCGCUCUGACGGCGGCAUCAUAGUCGGCGGCUCUCAAGCCAUCUUCAAGCCACAGCUCGAACAGUGGUACAACAACACCGACGACGCCGAGCUAAUCGAGGCAUCCAAAGAUUACUACACCAACUACAUGCAAAACAACUUCCGCGGGUGGGAGAAUAGCAAAGCUGAAGUCAAGAAGAUCUGGACUGGCGUCAUGGGAUAUACCUCUGACACCAACCCUCACAUCGGUGAAGUGCCUGGAAAACCUGGGCAGUACAUUCUAGGUGGCUUCAAUGGUCAUGGUAUGCCAGUCAUCUGGCUCUCAGCAGAAGGUUUGGCCGAUAUGUUGCAUACUGGUAAGAAGUUUGAGGAGACCAAGGUCCCACGGGCUUUCAAGACAACACAGGAGAGAAUUGAUAAAGCAAAGACUGGUCCUGAAGGUGGAGACAUUCUUGCUUGA